AUAAAAUGCUUAGCAACUGAAUAAUUUAACAAUUAAUUCCAAUAAUUUCUGGAUUCAACUAAAGGAUUCUCUCUACUUCUCUACUUAAUUUCUUUUCAUCCAUUAAUGGCGGCCACCGGCGCUACUAACUUCGCCGAUGGUGCCAGAUUUUUGAAGCCACGAUUGAAGCAAUUUUCUGCUGCCAUGACGCUUCGUCCGAAGACUGCGCUUUUCGUCGUUGACUCUCAGCGGAAUCCAUUUUCUCAGUCAGUGACGAUGAACAAUGGCGUUUCUGCAACACACGAGGAUAAACACCAUAGGAAGAUCAAUGGAGAAGCUGUGAUUGCAGAAACGGAGGAAGAAGAAAAUGAAGAAGUUCAAAAGAGUUGGAGAGAUUAUUUUGAACUUGCCAAGUUGUUCGUUGGAUCUGGAAAUGGAGGUUGUGAUAGCAUUCCUCGUUGGUUUUCUCCAUUAGAGAGUGGUUUUAAAAGGAAAAUGAAAAAUUCGCCGGUGUUACUCUACUUGCCUGGAUUGGAUGGACUUGGAGUUGGACUAGUUCUACAACAACAGAAACUCGGCAAGCUCUUUGAUGUAUGGUGUUUGCAUAUACCAGUCAAGGAUCGAACUCCAUUCCAAGAUUUGGUACGGCUGGUCGAGGAAACUGUAAAGUCAGAGAAUCGCCGUUCCCCUGAUAAACCAAUAUAUCUUGUUGGAGAAUCAAUUGGAGCAUGUCUUGUGUUAGCUGUGGCUGCUCGAAAUCCUAAUAUAGAUCUUGUUCUUAUUUUGGCUAAUCCUGCUACAAGUUAUGGCAAGUCACAGCUGCAAUCUCUAGCACCUCUAUUAGAAGUCAUACCCAGUGAGCUUUCUCUGAUCAGUAUACCAUAUGCACUUAGCCUAAUGACAGGCGAACCUUUAAAUCUGGUCUCAACUACUAUCGUGAAAGGGUUUCAACAGAAAUCAACAUUGGAGCUUUUCCAAGGUUUUAGUCAGCUGUCAGCUUACGCUUCUGUCUUGGCGGAUAUUCUUCCUAGAGACACACUACUCUGGAAGCUGCAGAUGCUGAAAUCAGCUGGCUCAUUUGCAAAUUCACGUCUACAUGCUGUCAAAGCUCAGAUUCUGAUUCUUGCCAGUGGAAGGGAUCCUUUACUACCAAACUUGGAGGAAGCUGAAAGAAUUCGUGGUGCUUUACCAAAACAAGAGAUCCAUGUGUUGAAAAAUUCUGGUAAAAUGCCCAAGUGUGAGAUUCGCAAAUUCAAGGAUUCUGGUCAUUUUCUCUUCUUGGAAGACGAUAUUGAUUUGGUGACCAUUAUAAAGGGAACGAGUUUCUACCGUCGGGCUAAAUCCCAUGACUAUAUUUCUGACUAUUUGCUUCCUACUGAAAAGGAAUUCAUCAGAACAUCUGAGUCAUUCAGGUGGCUCAAUAUAGCUACUGGACCAGCAAUGCUCUCUACUUUGGAAAAUGGUCAAAUUGUGCGUGGCCUUGCAGGAAUUCCUAUUGAUGGUCCUGUUGUAUUUGUUGGUUAUCACAUGUUACUGGGUUUGGAGAUAUAUCCUCUAGUGAUAAACUUUUGGUCAGAGAGAAAAAUCGUCAUGAGAGGCCUAGCACAUCCUAUGCUUUUUGCAAAGCUACAAGAUGAUGAUAUGGAUAUGUCUAUGUUUGAUUCAUAUAGAAUCAUGGGUGCAGUUCCAGUCACAGCCAGUAACUUCUACAAGUUGCUUGCUUCAGGUUCCCAUGUUCUGUUGUAUCCAGGCGGGAUGCGUGAAGCUCUUCAUAGAAAGGGCGAGGAAUAUCAGUUAUUUUGGCCAGAAAGAUCUGAAUUUGUGAGAAUGGCUGCUAGAUUUGGUGCUAAAAUUAUACCAUUUGGAGUUGUUGGAGAAGAUGAUAUCUGUGAGCUUAUUCUUGACCAUGAAGAUCAGAUGAAGAUUCCUUACCUAAGGGAUACCAUAGAAAAACGUACAACUCAGAUUCAAUUGAGGACUGACAUGGAAGGGGAAGUUGCAAACCAAGUUGCAUAUUUUCCAGGACUGCUACCAAAGGUUCCUGGGCGUUUCUAUUAUCUAUUUGGUAAACCUAUUGACACAGCAGGGAUGGAGCAAGAGUUAAGAGACAGGGAGAAAGCUCAUGAAUUGUAUUUGCACGUAAAGUCAGAGGUUGAACGUCACAUUGCAUAUUUAAAGGAGAAAAGGGAACAAGAUCCCUAUCGCAGUCUUGCUGCUCGAACAUUGUAUCAAGCCAUGCAUGGUCCAACGGCUGAAGUUCCAACAUUUCCGCUUUAAUUAAGUAUUGUAUACUUGGAAGCCCACCAAAAUGGCCACAAUUGAGGUAUUUUCAUAGAAUUCUAUACGAUGCUCAUACUUCACGAGAUAUGAAUUGUACAAUGGACUUACUAUUCAAAACUCGAUGACCCUAUUCUUUCUUUUUCCUCUAGUGGUGAUAUUCUAUAACCAUCUCUAUAGUAAAAAGAACUAUUUGAUCUUACCUGAUUCUCAAGAAGCUCUUCAUUAUUGGUUAUGAGAAACUGUAUAUUAUUAUAAUGUAUCAUUGGGCUUGAAACUGUAUAUUAUUAACAUUGAUUAUAAUGCAUCAUUGGGCUUAACUUGUGA